AAUCGCGAUACCGUGGCCGUCGCACCGCUCUUCUACAUUCAGUCCGUACUCUCAUCCAUCAUGUCCCCAAGCCGCACUUCCCAGAGACCCCACGUUGUUAGCCUGGGAGCGCCUAAAUUCGCCGGUGCUGAUUACCUUGAAGCCUUUGGCCGGGACCAUGACUUUGACGUGCUUGACGCCAAUGAUCGCGCCGAGACUCAGCGGCUGCUGCCAGAGUUGAUCAAAGAAAAGGGCCCUGUCGAUGCUUUUGUCAUUCGAAUGGGCACGCCGCCUUUUGAGCCAUUCGAUGAGGGUCUUCUGAAGUCGUUGGCUCCCGACUGCCGCAUCAUCACGUCUGCAUCUGCUGGAUACAAUGAGUUUGAUGUUGAUUGGAUGUCCAAGAACAACAUUCUUUUCUGCAAUUCAGUCGAUGCUGUUGCAGAGGCGACAGCAGACAUGGCCAUAUUUCUCAUCCUGGCAGUUCUGAGAAACACUUCCAAGGCUGAGCGCACUGCAAGGGCAGGCAAGUGGCGAGGAGAGCCUGGCUCGCUCAUUCCAGCUCAUGAUCCCACCAACAUAACGCUUGGUAUCGUCGGUAUGGGAUCCAUCGGAAAGUAUCUCGCCAAAAAGGCCACAGUUUUCAACAUGAAGAUCAAAUACUAUAACCGUCGCCAACUAUCUCACGAGCUGGAACAAGAGUACGAUGCAACAUACUGCUCUUCCCUCCACGAACUCCUAUCUCAGUCUGAUAUCGUGUCCAUCAACUGCCCAUUGAAUGAAAAGACCACUGGCUUGAUAGGUCCCGCAGAAUUUGAUGCCAUGAAGGAUGGAAGCUUUUUUAUUAACACAGCUCGAGGAGCUAUUGUCAAUGAGGCCGCUCUCAAGAUGGCAUUGAAAUCGGGCAAGAUUGCAAGAGCUGGUCUUGAUGUUCUGGUGAAUGAGCCAACCGUUGAUUCCUGGUUUUUGGACCAGGAUAACGUCAUUAUUCAACCUCACCUCGGCGGUUUGACGGAUGUUGCGUUUCAGAAGGCCGAGAGGGAAUGUUUUGAGAACAUCAGAGCGUUUUUCAAGAAUGGCAUAGCUAACAGCCCUGUGAAUGCGAACCAUUUGAGAGCUGGCCUGUGA